GAUAGGAUCCGUGCUCGCGAAGCAAGAGCUGUGCGAGGCCGAACAGAGUGUCGACAAACACAUGGAUUACAUCUAGCCUGAGCUGAAACGCGUGGAUAACCUGAUGUCUACUCUGGACAAGAAGCUGACUCGCAGAGAAAUGUGAUAGAUUAAUUGCAGCAGGCGUUUCAGCAGGCUCAGAUUAAAGCAUCGAUAAACCAAUCGAAAUCUUACUACAGUACAGACGGCUUUUAUGGAAUUAUCGUGUGACAUCAUGAACUCUUUCUUACUCGUACUCUUGUUGGGAUCUUUAUGCUUUUGCGUUGCGGAAAACCCGACCGAGAGCGCAGAAUGGGACACGAGACUUCCUGACAUGACGGAAAAAUAUUCAUUCCGAAAUUGUACGCAAUGUGACGUCCAGCCAGGAUCGACGACAUGUAUCUGUUUCGAAAAUUCUGACGCUUGCGUGAUUUGCUGUUCCAACGUGUCAUGCUGUAUCUGUCCAGAUUGUUUUCUGUGCUGGUACGAGCAGCAGCAACUAAUAUUAAUGACGCAAAUCGGUAUUUCCGUACUGUUCGCAUGUGGUAUCAUCGGCCUGAUUGUAGUUUACUGCAAAAUAUGCAACAGGAUGAGACCGCGCACACGACGAGCCCGCAGAAGGUGCAUCGUGUUGCACGAGGAGAAUGACUCGACGACGCCAUGCAGCACCGUCGAGGGCCUACGACGGGAGAGACCACCUACGUACAACGAGGUCAUUCGCAGUUCUCCACCAGUCUACGCAUCCUCCGACAACAAUGCUCCUCCUCUCUACACGUCUCCGUCCAACAGGGCAUCCAUGCAGGAAGCUCCGCCGUCGUAUCCGGGAACGCCAAAACCGCAGGACAAAUCCAAGGAUGACCCCAACAAAUUUCCUUCUUCGCCUCCAAUUGCUCAACACAUAUGACGAUACUCUUCUAGACAUAGAUUCGUUCAUCUGCGUGUAUAUAUGUAUGCUACUCGAAUAAAAUGUAAUCUGUAGAUUUAAGAAAAA